AUGCGUCUCACCACUCUGGCCCUCCUGGCCACUCCUACUCUAGCUCUUCCAAGCUUGCUUCGACCCUCAGAAGUUGCCACCAACGCCAUCUCUCUCGCCCAGGCAUGGCUGCAGGGCGCCGUCUCUGCCACAAAGACCUCCGCCCAGCACGGAUGGCAGGGUAUCGAGAAUGGCCUUGAUGGAGAGCUUAAUGUCAACACUGUUGAUAUGAACGGAAUUGAAUACCUCUCCGUAUCACACCCUGCGUUCCCCCUGCACCGCAUGCGUGUCGUCAAGCCGGAACUCUGCGACCCGUCAGUCGAUCAGCUGUCUGGUUACCUCGAUAUCUCCGAGACUCGACACCUGUUCUUCUGGUUCCAAGGGUCUCGGUCUAAAUCUGCCGAGGAUCCUCUUGUUCUCUGGCUGAACGGAGGGCCCGGUUGCUCUAGCUCCACAGGUGCACUGUUCGAGCUCGGAGGGUGCAACAUCAAGGACAAAGGCGAAAACGUGACCAGGAAUGACUACGCUUGGAACUCGGUCGCGAAUGUUUUGUAUCUCGACCAGCCGAUCGGAGUGGGAUACUCGUAUGCGGACGAGGGUGAAGUGAACAACUCGCCUGCAGCGGCCGAGGACGUGUAUGCCUUCUUGAUCUUGUUCAUCUCCAAAUUCCGCGAAUACUCCAAACUCGAUUUCCACGUCGCUGGCGAGUCCUACGCCGGGACUUAUAUCCCCAACAUUGGCAGCGUCAUUCAUAAGAACAACAAGGCACUCGAUUUGGUCUCCACGCUUAGCGUUCCCAAGAUCAACCUCAAGUCGCUCCUUAUCGGUAACGGUUUGACCGACCCCUAUUCGCAGUUUGGUUCCGUCCCCGAGUGGGCUUGUAACGGUCCUUACGCUCCUUACGAAGACCCUUCUCCUGAAUGCGACAGCCUCCGCUCCAAAGCUAGUCGAUGCCAGAACCUCAUUUCCGGCUGCUACCGCACCAACAGCCGAUUCACCUGCGUCCCCGCCGCCCUCUUCUGCUGGUCCAUGUUCAACGACCUCCAGAACCUCGGCUUGAACAUGUACGAUGUGCGAAAGACGUGCGACAAGUCGCCAGAGAAGGACGGACCGCUCUGCUACAAGGAGAUGGGCUGGAUGGAGACAUACCUGAACAAGCCAGAGGUCAAGAAGGAGCUUGGUGCGCCGGAUUCUGUGGAUUUCCAGAGCUGCAACAUGCAGAUCAACCAGAACUUCUUGCUGCACGGUGACGGGAUGCACUAUGCCGGUGGUCUCUUGACUGAUUUGGUGGAUGAUGAUAUCCGAGUCUUGAUCUACUCUGGCGAGGCCGAUAUGCUUGUAAACUUUAUCGGCUGCGCUGCAGUACUUGACAACCUCCCCUCGACUUACCAAGCCGCAUACCUCUCUUCCCCCAUCGCCAACUUUACAUCUCCCAGCGGCGACGUCUUUGGCUACACCAAGUCUUCUGGCGGGAAGGGUUCUGGCAACGUUGCCUUCGUGGCGUUUGCCAACGCGGGUCACAUGGUCCCUCAUGAUGACCAAGAAGGAGCGUUGAGGAUGUUUGGCAGGUGGUUGAAGGACGAGCCUCUUGAUUCCGGCAAGGACAAGUGGUGGAAGAUUUGA